CUUAAUUAAUAUUCAUGAGCACAAUGAAUUGAAAGCAAGUAUCUUCCACAAACGUCGAUCAGAAAGUUCAUAACUGAGCUCGUUCGUCAUGGAUUUUGAUUUGGCCGCAGCUGUUGGAGACGAAGAGGUGAAGAAGAAGGAGGGUAAACAAGUGGAAGGAAUCUUUGGAAAGAAGGAUAAGGAUAAAGACAAGAGCAAAGACAAGAGUGACUCUAAGCAUAAGGAUAAAGAUAAGGAUAAAAAACACAAGGAGCACAAAGACAAGCACAAAGAUAAAGAACAUAAAGACAAAGACAAGAAGAAGAAGAAGGACAAGGAACACAAGAAGAAAGACGGUGGAAAGUCCUCCUCUUCCUCCAGCGAUUCGGACUGAAGCUGAAGACCUGAGUUUUGGACCGGGACUUCCUGACACACUGUAAUGUUUUCAGUCAAAAAAUCAUGGAAAUGGCAUUAUAUCAUGGAAAUGUAUUGAUUUUAUGUAUGUUAACUAGUAUGUCAUAUCACCUAUAAUGUAUGUAUCACAUUUGAAUAUACCAUGCACAACACAAUGUUCAAACUGUGACAACAUACCUCAUAUAUACUGUGACAACCACGUCUUUAUUACACUGUACUGUUAUACUGCUAAUAAUACAUGAUUGCCAAUAGAAAUAAAGUGACUGAUAAUAAAUUGAACUUGUGACUUGAGCAAA